ACAAACUGAUAAUAGCCGAAGCGGAGCUAGCUAAACUGCAAAGGCAAGACAGCUAGACAGUCUGUGUAUAUGCGCCUUAGGAACAGAUUCGUCACAUGUAAAUUGGCAGAAUAUCGCGGCUAACCGCUCUGUUCAGCGCUGUCAUUUCCUUAACGGGUGUUGAAGCUGUCCAGCUGUGCUAGCGCUAAUCAGAUAGCCACACACUGCACCACCGCAGUCUGAACCUGACAUGUUUUUCCCACUACCUGGUACAUGUCACAGGCUAAACAUGCUGAGGCCAGGGAGCUGAUGUACAAUGGCGCUCUACUCUUCUUCAGCUAUAACCAGCAAAACAGUGCAGCAGACUUGUCCAUGCUGGUACUGGAGGUGUUGGAGAAAUCUGAGGCGAAAGUUGAAGAUGAAAUAUUAGAAAACCUGGCUAAGCUGUUCAGCCAGAUGGACCAGAACUCCCCAGAGAGAGUAGCAUUUGUGUCUAGAGCCUUGAAAUGGUCCACAGGAGGAUCCAGCAAGUUGGGUCACCCAAAACUACACCAGCUGCUGGCUGUCACCUUAUGGAAAGAGCAAAACUACAGUGAGUCUCGUUACCAUUUCCUGCAUUCGUCUGACGGGGAGGGCUGUGCACAGAUGCUGGUGGAGUAUUCAGCGUCACGAGGCUUCCGUAGCGAGGUCGACAUGUUUGUGGCGCAGGCCGUCCUACAGUUCCUCUGCUUAAAGAACAAAAACAGUGCUUCUGUGGUGUUCAGCACAUACACGGAGAAACACCCGUCCUUAGAGAAGGGCCCUCCCUUCGUCCAGCCUCUGCUAAACUUUAUCUGGUUUCUGCUGCUGGCAGUGGAUGGGGGUAAAUUAACAGUUUUCACAGUGUUAUGUGAGCAAUAUCAACCUUCCCUGAAGAGGGACCCCAUGUAUAAUGAGUAUCUCGACAGAAUAGGACAAGUUUUCUUUGGAGUUCCACCUAAACAGUCCCCAUCGUAUGGUGGCCUGCUAGGAAACCUUCUGAACAGCCUGAUGGGUUCGGGUGAGGAGGAUGACGUGGGUGAAGAAGCCCAGGAGGACAGCAGCCCCAUAGAGCUGGACUGAGCCCGCCCCCCAGGACAAAGAACAAACGAACACACAAAGAAGAGGAAGACCACGCCGCCUUCCUCCUUCACCUCCACAACGAGGCUGGGGCGAGGCACUGGUCUGUGUUUUCAGAGGCGUGCUGUUUCCAAAAACCCCUUCCCUACCCAUCCUGUCUAAAAUCAGAGCAAACAUCAGGCCGCCAAAACAUCCCUCUCAGCACUGCCGGGACUGGCUGCAACAAACUGCAAACUCUUCCCCUGUUGAAUUAUUGUAAAAUUAUAUUAUUUUAAUCAUUAUUUUUGUCAGUUUGAGACUCUUGUUCUCUGUUUAGGGUGUAUUAUUUUUAAAUAUAACCAUCUCUCACCCUCUCCCUGUGAAAACCUGCCCCCAGAGAUGGGAAUGGUUGCAGGCUCCCAGUGGAGAGGAGAGCUUUACACAUGAAACCCCUUUCAUAACUGAUUAUUACAUCAUUAAAAGAGGGUUUAAUCAACUCACAACAGACGGCCACGAAGAGCUGCUGUUGUUGGCACUUGUCAACAACUUUCUCCGUUAAAAGUUUUUUCUUUCAGUAGUAGAUUAAAUUGUUCUUGUAGUCAUGGCCAACUCUUAGUUUCUCAUCUUGUUUGUCAGUUAGCUAAAUGGACAACAAGGCAACAGCGCUAGUUUUUACUAGAAGUCAUCUUGCAUCUUAAAUAUGAACAAAACAAACCCUUUAUGAUAAUCGCUCCAUUGUAGAGGGUCCACUUUUUACCAUGCACUUGCUGAUCUGGAGCUUGUUUGCAUCUCCAAGAGGAAUUAUGAGGAGGGUAUCCAUUUUAUUUAUUUAUUUUUUUUGUUACAGUUUGCAUUGAGGCAUUUAAAGCACUUCGGAGUUUGUUUUGCUGGUUGUUGGCUCUGACUGUCUACAUGUCGCUAUGAAGAAGAAGAAGGAAAAAAAAUCUCAUCUGAUGAGCAAAGUGAGAUGACCUAUUGGAGUGAGUCUCGUUUUUCAUGUUACAAAAUCUAUGUACCUAGCUGCCUCUGACUUGUCUUUCUUUCUCCAAUCUGUUUUAAUUUGGUGUUUUCCCGUCACAACAGUUCCUCUUGGAGGUGAGUCAGGAGUCCCACAUCACUUCAAUCAGCGCACAUUUAGAAGUGUGAUUCAUACAAUAGCUGCCGUUCAUCAGUGUUAACUAGAUCGGCCCUCAGAGAACACUCUCGCUCUGCUCGUUCCUCUGGAUAGUUGUCUUUUCUCGUCUCACACCAUUCAAUCUUCAGCUUCUUUUUGUCCUCAUAGUGGCAUACGGUUCAGGUCAGUCUGCUGUGUUAGGUUUUUAUUUUAAAUUAUCCUAACCUCUGCUCCAGAUCAUCUUAAAAUGGGGGGGAAUCAAAUUUAAUUUAAUACUAGGGACCUAGGAAAGUCCAGAGGUCUUCCAGCGUAGAGUAAUUUACUCUACGUUAGAGUUUAUUUACUUCUAUGUAAUUAUCUGUGUGGGACUAACAGAACACCAAAAUGACCAAUACUAAACAAGAAAUGAUGAAAUCAAUAAUUGUGUGAUGGAAUGGAAUAAAAUAUAUAAAUGAAGCAGCACACAGCUUGAGAGAACUCGACUCAUUUUGGGGUAAUAUCAUAUUAAAGGUGCAAUAUAUGAGAAUUUUAAUUACAGUAAACCGAUUACAGUGGAAUGAAGAAAUAACAAUUUUGACCUUAUGCUGUCUUCGUAUACCUAUACACCCCUGCUCUGCACGUUUCCAGUCUGUACCGCUAGCUGCACAGCUAACUAGUUAGCAGCAGUUAGCAGUUUCUCUGGCUAUAUGCUGCCCCCCACUGAUCUUAAGCUUGAUUCUUAAGAUAUUGCACCUUUUUUUUUUUAAAGUUUUCCGAAUCAGUGAAAAACUGAAUAAAAAUAAAGUCUCCAAAAAACAGACUUUAAUAAUUCCACAAAAGUGAGUUUGUUUAAAAACAUAUUCAAUCACAUGACAGGUUAUUGGUUCAUUUGAGGCAUUCUACUCAUUGUAUUUGCAUGAUUCUUUGUUUGAUAAAAUGCCUGUUUUAAUAUUGGCUGUUUUGGUGAACCGCACAGGACCAGCUGGCUCGACGUCGUAGUGCUACAGAUGGACAGAUAGAAUAGUAUUGAGUUGUCGAUAUACAUACUCUGCUGUGAUUAUACCUAUUAAUGUUGAAGAGAAGGAGAGCAGCGAGGCGGCAGACAAAAACACAGUAGUGGCCAUUGUGGACUGAAAAAUAAAAUCGAAAAGAAAACCGCUAACAGAUAUUUGAUUGACUCGGCUUUAACAGUGUUGUUUAAUCGGGCUGGAAAGUCCUACUUGUUAAGGAGGGUUUCUUUUCCUGCAGACCUCCCAGUUAAACCACUGAGGUCGACCGUCUGAAGGGAAAUCAGGCAAAAUUGACUUUUAGGUUCCUCAAUUGUGCACAUUUUUCUGAGAGAUUGAUCUCUUCAACAAUAUCACAACAUGCUCUGAUACACACAUCACACAGGUUUUAAUAUUCAGUGUUAAUACUUUUAGUUCGCUGACUGCAGAGGAAUAAAACAUGCAGAUUGUUUAUUUGUUAACCUGAAAGUCAGUUUUGUUAGACUUUUCCCUUUGUUGUUAUUAUCUGGCAGUGGGGAGGGUGUGUGACUAAAUCUGUCGGAGAACAUCAUCACAGCUGUUUGCUUUUGUUUUCUAAUAAUUUUAUUCCUUUUGAGAACUUAAGGGGAGUGUUUGCCUUUUUGAUGAUUCACUAAUUGAGUAAAUAAACUACAACUGAGAAGACUUUGAGAAUGUCUUGAAACAAA